GGGUCCGGUAAGUAUUACGUGAAUGAGAAAGUGCAUUUCUCUGGUGGAUCUCGAAACGGAGAGUGGUCGGUCGUAGGCCGCUAAAAGUUGCAGAGAAGUUGUCGUUCUCUAUAACAGCCAAUAUCGUCGUACAAUCGGUACAGCGUGCGAAAAGUAAGACGACGAAAGAUCGACACGGAAAAAAUAAUCGUUUCGUGGUGAUUCGUUAUUAUCACGUAGACGAAUAUGAGAAUUCUGUGGACAUUCAUCAUUAUCAUAACGAUUGGCAAAGCUCAUAGUUUCCUAAACUUCGUGAAGAACGCCGAUGUCCAUUCAUAUGGGAAAGAGUAUGGAUUUACAAGCGACACCGGGUAUGACUUUAUCGUCGUAGGAGCUGGAUCAGGUGGAUCCGUGUUAGCCAAUCGUUUAUCGGAGAACAAAAAGUGGAGAAUUUUAUUACUAGAAGCGGGAUACGCACCAAAUUUAUUGAAUCAGGUUCCGAUAUUAGUUGGUAUUUUUCAAUUAACUAAUUACAAUUGGGGUUACAACGUGGAGCCUCAGAAGAAUGCCUGCCUGGGGAUGAAAAAUCGGCAGUGUGCCUGGCCACGAGGUAGAGCCUUGGGUGGUACGAGUGUCUUAAACUAUAUGAUCCAUACACGUGGCAACAGAUUUGACUACGACAAAUGGGCUAGCUUGGGCAACGUAGGCUGGUCCUACGCUGACGUUCUGCCAUAUUUUAAGAAAAGUGAAAGGUUUAAUAUACCAGGCAUCAAGAAUUCCUCGUAUCACAAUAAAAACGGCUACUUAUGCGUGGAACAUGUGCCACAUCACACAGAGCUGGCGACCGCGUUUCUAAAUGCCGGACAAGAGCUGGGGUAUAAAAUCGUGGACUACAAUGGCCAAGAUCAUAUGGGUUUCGCGUAUCUCCAAGUAAAUAUGGAUCGUGGAACACGUUGUAGCGCCGCUAAAGCUUAUCUCGAGCGGAUCGAUCGACCGAACUUGGAGAUUAUCACCGGUGCUAGAGUGACCAGGGUAUUAAUCGACGCGAACAAGCGUGCUUACGGUGUCGAGUAUGUGAAGGACAACGUAUGGAAAAAGGUGACCUGCUCGAAGGAAAUUUUAUUGUCAGCCGGUACAAUCGACUCGGCGAAAUUGUUAAUGCUGUCAGGAAUUGGACCGAGGGAGCAUCUCGAAGAAUUGAGCAUCCCAGUAAUUCAGGAUUCCAAGGUCGGUUACAGCAUGUAUGAGCACGUCGGUUUCCUUGGAUUAACUUUUUUGGUGAAUCAGAGCGUGUCACUGCUGCAGGAAAAAUUGAAUAAUCCGAGCGUGUUGUUGGAGUAUCUUUUGCAUAGAGACGGCAUAAUGACAUUACCAGGGGGUGCUGAGGCGAUUGCUUUUGUAAACACUAAAUACGCUGCUGACGAGAGACCAGACGUCGAGCUUCUCUUCGUGUCUGGCUCUAUACACUCGGACAAUGGUCAGGACGUGAAGGAGGCUCUGAGAAUUUCAGAGGAUCUGUACGACGCCGUCUAUAAACCGAUUGAACAUCAAGAGGCUUGGUCGAUCUGGCCGAUCGUGCAAUAUCCUAGAAGCAUCGGCCGUCUCACGUUACGAUCGAAGGAUCCAUUCGAGUCCCCUAAAAUGGAUCCAAACUUCUUCAGCCAUCCGGCCGAUCUAGAGAUCAUUCUGGAGGGAGUGAAGCACGCCAUCAACAUAUCACAAACCAAAGCUUUUCAGGCUUACGGCAGUCGAUUGCACGACUUUAAGAUACCAGGUUGUAGACAGUUUGAGUUCGCUUCCGACGAUUAUUGGCGUUGUGCCAUCAAGCAUCUGCCAUCCAUGAUGAAUCACGAAAUAGGGACUGUCAAAAUGGGGCCUCGGACAGACACUUACGCGGUCGUCGAUCCGCAGCUCAAAGUGUACGGUAUCGACGCACUCAGAGUAGUGGACGCUUCGAUCAUGCCUACGAUGCCUAGGGGCCACGUGAAUGCGGGAAUAUAUAUGAUCGGCGAAAAGGCCGCGGACAUGAUUAAGGAAACUUGGAUGUAAGAUUCGGUUUUUACGAAAGGUUCAAGGUGAAGAACGGGGACCUCUCGACGUUAAAUACAGCAUCGAUAUCGACGCAACGUUCUCGUGUCGUUUAAUUUAAAGUCGAUUUUUAGGGAAUGUGUAUACAGGGUAAGGUCAUUUUAAUGUAUCCACUGAAAUAUCUCAAAAUCUAUCAGUUUAAGACAAAAAUGUUUCAAACCAAAGUUGUUCAUA